UCUCUCUCUCUCUCUGAGCUCCAUAUUUGAUGAAAGCCAACAAAAACAAGUGUCCCUUUCCUCUCGUUAGCUGACAUUAUUACCCCCGAGAAAAUUUGCAGAGAAAACAAAUUUGAAAACAAAAACAACCCGGACAGAGACAAAGAGAGAGAAAAAAGAGACAGAAGAGGAGGAGUUAGAGAGAGAUAAGGAAUCACCACCCCGGCUGAAUCGCCACGCCUUUCGAUUUGCACCGACUCAUUUCCACUGCCUAUUUCUUCAUCAUCUUCUUCUUCGUCUUCUCUUUCUCUCUCUUUCGCUCUCUCUGUGUUGUUCGAAUCUGGUACUUAUCUAUAUCUAUUUACUCUGUAUAUCGUCUUGAUAUAUUGGGAAUUUCUAUAUUUCUGUUUCUGUUUCUGUUUCUGUUUCUGUUUCGUUUCAAUCAGGCUAGGGUUAAUUCGAAUUAGGACUUCUGAGCUUAAAUGUUGAACCGUGGAAAAUAAAAACCCUAGCUUUCUCGGUUGUAUUGAUUUUCACUAGGUUUUAUAUACAUAUGUAUUAGAUAUAUGUAUCAGAACACAAUGCUUAAUAAAGAUUUGCGGCCACUGAAUAUAGCUCAAACAAUGCCUGAGGAGACUCGCGUUUCUCCUGUUGCCACAUCCGGUAGGAAUAUUGAGGGUUUUUACGUUAACCCGCCUCACGAUGCUGGUAGCCCUGGGGCAAUCCCGGUUUAUUACCCGGCAGCCGUGCCUGAUGCCGGGUUUGUAGGUUUAGCGUACAGUAAUGCAGUCCCAGGGGUGACUGGUUGGUGCCCUCGGAUGCCCACAGCAAUGGUUGCUUCUCCUGGUGCUAAUUUGACACCUGGGUAUUCUCAAAAUCCCAAUUUUGGGACAAUGGUUGGCAGCAAUGUCUCGGAUCAGGCUAGUGAUGAAGGUGGAGAUGAUUCAGUUUCAGGGAAGAAAGUUAAGUUUCUGUGUAGUUUUGGGGGGAAGAUUCUUCCGAGGCCAAGUGAUGGGAUGUUGAGAUAUGUUGGAGGGCAGACUAGAAUCAUUAGUGUUAGAAGAGACGUAAACUUCAAUGAAUUAGUUCAGAAGAUGGUCGAUGCUUGUGGCCAAAAUGUGGUUAUCAAGUACCAAUUGCCUGAGGAAGAUCUUGACGCACUUGUAUCAGUUUCGUGCCCCGAUGAUCUUGAGAAUAUGAUGGAUGAGUAUGAGAAGUUGGUUGAAAGGUCUUCUGAUGGGUUGGCUAAGUUAAGGGUGUUUUUAUUUUCAGCUUCAGAGCUUGAUUGUUCUGGAAUGGUGCAAUUUGGCGAACAAGAUAGUGGGCAGAGAUAUGUUGAGGCCGUGAAUGGCAUUACUGAGGGAGUUGAUGAUGGUAUCAUGAGAAAGGAGAGCAUAGCAAGCGCAGCUUCCACACAGAAUUCAGAUUUGAGUGGAACUGAGGCUAUUGAUAACUCAAGCCAUGGUAAAGGGGAUGUUAUCGGGCCCCCAUCUACUGGUAUAAUAUCACCUAAAUCCAAUUCUACUACCUCUCAAGAGCCUGCUCCCAGAUUUGUGUGUAUGGAUCCUAGCCCUUCAAUUUAUGCUGAAGCUUCUAGUACUCCAUUGGGUAUUGUUAUGUCAGGUCCCCCACAAAGUUUGUCAUCUCAGCCUGAGUAUGAGCUAGAGAGAUCUGUGCCUGCCAGUAUACCACAGCAACAAAUUGGAGUUGAAUUGCAGCAACCUGGAGUCAAUUUUCAUCCUCCUAUAGCUUACAUGCAUCCUCAGCAAGAAACGUGGAACCGUGCAGAUUAUGUACAGGUUCCUUCCCAGAUGGGAUUCCCAACUCAUCUAAUGGGGACUAUUGGGCCUGUGUUCACUCGUCCGCAGUUCCAUGAUAAUGCUGCGGGUGUUUCCCCUCACCAGUUUGUCCCUGCAGUACACAUGACAAUGACUUCGUCUCAUGCCAACAUGAAACCGAAUAUGGUUCUGCCCAUGGUGCAACACCAACCAAUUCGGUUGGAGCAUCAUCCUGAUGAAAGCACAUAUGGUGGGAGAGUUGUCCAACUUCCUGGCGACCAAAUCCUCAAUGCAUAUCAAGCUCAGGCCCCACCUGCAAUGGUGGGUGGAGUUUAUGGAUGGAAUCAGGUUCCACAGCCAGAGCAGGUGGUUUUCUCCGAGGGAUGGGUACCUCAACAACAGGUAAUGGUUCCGGAGAAAAUCCCAAGAUUCAAGGACUGUUAUAUGUGUGAGAAAGAAUUACCUCAUGCACAUUCGGAUACAAUUGUACAGGACCAAAGAGAGAGCCCUGUAAGCCCUGCAUCUGACUUGAACCCUGUAUUUCAUAGUCUCCAAUUGGAGGACAAAAUGGGAGCCCCACCAAUGAACAGAGCUGUGGUAACUGGAGCCCUGGGGGAAGUUGAACAAGGAGGAAUUGGGGCACGACAAAAUUUUUUGAGUCCUAUAGAUCAUGAAGCUAGGAAACCUCCAUUCGAGGUAGCUGGGCUCUCACAAAAUGUUGUGCGACAGUAUGAAAGUGAUAGAAUAAUUUUACAAAAAACAGAAAAUCCUGAUCUUCCCAAAGUAUCAUUUCCCCAGGGUGUGGGAGGGCCAGCUGGCAUACAAUCUCCAUAUGGUGCAGCCAUGUCUACCCCUCCUCAGCCAUGCCAUGAGAGUGCUGCCCAGCAGUUUGCAGUGCCACCCCAAUACCAUGUUCAACCAGAGGUCUCAAUGAACAAACCUGUUGACUAUUCUAGUAAACUUUCUGUUGUUGCUCCUAAAGAAGAUACUGUAGAGUCAUAUGACCAUGUGAAACAAAUAGAUGGGAUGAUGGAAAGUCUCUGGAUAUCUCCCACUGAAGCUUUUGCUAAUAAUGAGCAGAGUAAGUUAACAAGUGAUAAUCUUUGGAAGGAAGACAUUUUAGAUGCCAGACCACAGCAGAUUGCUGGGAGGGAGCCGUGUCUAGUGAAUACCAGUAGCAAACCGAGAAUGGUGGUGGACAAAAAUCAAAAUUUUCGACCACUGGAGUCGUAUGAAGUGGCACAACCACCUCUUUUGGGUAAGCCUACAUAUCAACAGUCAAAGCUGGGAAUUAAUUUUUUGGCUCCUGAUGAAGGUUCUUAUGGUACACCUGCAUUUUCUGGUGUUGAUUCAGCCCAUACAACUGAAAGAAUUCCACCUGUUGGUGAAUGGAAAGAUAAUCCUUCACGAUUCCAGCCUAAGGUGCCACCUGGUGAUGUGGAUACUGUUGCAUUUAAUGGGAACACGCCAUCUUCUAUCUCUCCAUCUAACUGGGUUGGGGAUACACAAAAUAUAUCAAACUCACUUUUCAGCAACCAAGAUCCUUGGAAUUUGCAACAUGAUCACUUCCCUCCUCCCAUACCUAACAAAAUUGCAAUAAGAAAGGCAGGUUUUGGUGCAACGGAUUUUUUUGGUGAAAAUCAUUUGGGAAAUGUUGGUGAAUUACCUAUGGGAAAUAGGGGGGACUCAACUGAAGAAGUGCCGUUGGAGGAUGGAGUUUACCAGCCUGCUGUCAGUACAAACAUGGAUUUUGGUUCAGAGCAAAUUAGGACCACACAAGGUCAGGGUUUUUCUAUGAUCAAGCAAGAACUUCAGGCUGUUGCUGAGGGUGUAGCUGCUUCUGUUCUUCAGUCAUCGAUGCCUUCUAAUCCUGACAUAGCGAUGCACGAGACGAAUGAAACCUUUCCUGAAUCCAAUCAAGACAGUGAAGUUCAAGAUACUGAUGUUGAAUUGCACAAAGAUGACUUUGAGGUCCUUAAAUUACUGCAUAUUUGUUUUUGUUUGUUUUUUUGGAUUAUAAAGAACAGUGACCUUGAGGAGCUUCGAGAAUUGGGUUCUGGCACCUUUGGUACUGUUUAUCAUGGAAAGUGGAGGGGCACUGAUGUUGCAAUCAAACGGAUCAAUGAUAGGUGUUUUGCUGGGAAACCUUCAGAACAAGAACGCAUGGUUUAUGACUUCUGGAAUGAGGCAAUCAAUCUUGCUGACUUGCACCAUCCAAAUGUGGUAGCCUUCUAUGGUGUUGUGCUUGAUGGUCCUGGUGGUUCAGUGGCAACUGUGACAGAAUAUAUGGUUAAUGGUUCUCUAAGAAAUGCUUUACAGAAGAAUGAGAGGAAUCUUGAUAAACGUAAGCGACUAUUGAUUGCUAUGGAUGUGGCCUUUGGAAUGGAGUACUUGCAUGGAAAGAAUAUAGUACACUUCGACUUGAAAAGUGACAACUUGCUUGUCAAUCUUCGGGAUCCUCACCGGCCGAUAUGCAAGGUUGGUGAUUUGGGGCUGUCAAAGGUGAAAUGUCAGACACUAAUCUCAGGUGGUGUGCGGGGAACUCUUCCUUGGAUGGCACCAGAGCUUCUGAAUGGAAGCAGUAGCCUCGUGUCUGAGAAGGUUGAUGUUUUCUCAUUUGGGAUUGUGCUGUGGGAACUUCUUACCGGAGAAGAACCAUAUGCUGACUUGCAUUAUGGGGCAAUUAUUGGUGGCAUUGUGAGCAAUACAUUGCGACCACCUGUGCCCGAAUCGUGUGACUCAGAAUGGAGAGCACUGAUGGAGAGAUGUUGGUCGUCGGAGCCACAAGAGAGGCCAAGCUUCACUGAGAUUGCAAAUGGGUUACGUGCUAUGGCAUCUAAGAUUCCUCCAAAAGCACAAGCUCAGCAGCAAGUUCCCUCCACGCUGCCUCAGGUUAAAAGUUGAUUUUAAGCAGUUGUUUUUGUUUCCCUGUAAUGUCUCUAUUUUUGUGUUACCCACCUUCGUUGCAUGCUCUGCAUGUCAACAAAUAGGAACGAAAAUGUUUUGCUAAGUUAUCGAGAAGAAACAGUCUACGGUUUGGAAUAGAAAUUCCAGUUUUUAUUUUUUUUAUUUUUUAAAAUGACUUGUUUAUGAUAAAAUGCUUGCCGCUCUGUAAAUUACCAACCUAUUUGAUGCAUCAAAGUUUUCCCUGUGGGAUGGAUAAAAGAAGUUGGGUCGUGUUUGUGGAUUAAAUGAAAUUACCAAUUUUAGUACUAUUAA